ACGAAAAAAGACAAGGGACUACGAAGGAUUUCGUACUGGUAAGCAGACAUGAAAUUAGCAGUGUUAUUCGCUUUAGCUGCAGCUUAUUUUGGUGCACCAUGUUACUCCGAACCCUUUAUCAUGGAACUUCCUGGGUACGCAAAAGCCGUUAUGGGUGGUUAUGGAAACCUUAGUACAUCUUGGUACGAGCCCCGACGUCCAUUCUACUCCUUUCGCUAUUUCCACUAUGCGGCAAAACCCACUUACGAGACUCGUUUUCUGCCACCGGUGCCCUCUAACUAUCCUUACCCCGACGACGAGAUCUACAAUUCAAUCGAUUUGCCACCAGGAUGUGCACAAGGAAACGACAAAGCGUUAGAAGAUUGUCUCAUUCUUAGCGUGUACACGCCGUAUUUCCCGGGCAACGCUUCCGAUACUUCUACCACCUUCGAAAAUUUGCUUCCCGUUAUGGUUUGGAUCCACGGUGGUACUUUCGUUAGUGGACAAAGUAUUCUUUACGAGCCAAACACUUUUAUGGCCCAUGACGUGGUCGUUGUUGUAAUUCAAUACCGACUUGGCGCUCUUGGAUACUUGACUUUGGACACGGAAGAAAUUCCAGGAAAUGCUGGCAUGGCUGAUCAGGUCGAAGCGUUGCGUUGGAUCCAGAAAUUCAUUAAAUAUUUUGGUGGGAAUAAAGACAAUGUAACUGUUGUUGGAGAAAGUGCCGGCGCAGCUAGUGUUGGCUUCCUUCUCUUGUGUCCUCAAGCACGAGAGGAACGGCUCUUUCACAACGCCAUUGCCGAGUCCGGAUCAAUGUUAACUGAAUGGGCUCUUGAUCGCAAUACAACUAAACACGGAUAUCGAAUUGCUGAACUGGCUGGAUGCCCACUUGAACCAUACGCCGACUUAUUGCACUGCUUGCGAAGCAUUGAUCAACUAGCUUUGCGCAACGCCCAAAAAGCAUUCUCGAAAGAAGACCAAAAAAAUGGAAAUAUGGGAUUUGGAGGCCAAUCACCAAUAAUGCAGACUGCUGGAAAAGUGCGUUACUUAACAGAAGAACCAAAAACUUUGAUUGAAAGGGGCGAAUACAUGACAGAUGUAAAUAUUUUGUUCGGUGCUAAUGAGGGCGAAGGCAUUAUGGCUUUUGAUAUCAUUUAUCGUGGGUACAUCAAACCAAAUAAUCUUUUUUACAAUGAGACCUUCUGGAAAUACGAUAGUGUCAGAGCUGUCCUAGGCGCACUAGGUAUUCGCGAUGAUACUAGCGCUUUGUCGGAUGCACUAACCACAAAGUAUCUUGGAUACGCCGUUGACUCUUGUCAAAUGGGAAAUUUGACUGUCAUGCUUCCUGGUUUAAUUGAUAUAGCUGGUACCCUGUUCCUGAAAGCGGGGGGUUGGCAAACUGUAUUGCGCCAUACCAAGUACAAUCCUCACGCUUACUGGUACUCGUUUGACUUUCUCAGUAAAGUCAGUAUUAUUGGAGCAAGUGAUUUUCUUCCUCGCGGUGUGAUGCACGCUGACGAGAUCAUGUAUCUGUUUACUAUGCCCAUCCCGCACAACGAAACGGAAAAAGAGUUGGCCAAAAAAAUGAUUGAAAUAUGGACGACGUUCGCCACAUACGGGGAGCCGACGCCAGACGGAGUAACAAUGAGAGAAGGUAUUCCAAAAUGGCCUGCAUACACCCACGAGAAGAAAGAAUUCAUGGCUAUCAAUAAAUAUUGGAGUGUCAAAAACGACUACUCUUUGUAUUACACGAUUACGGUGGAUAAGGCGGCACCGAGGGCUAUUAAUCCCGACACAGCCGGAGAAUGUGCAAGCGCAUAUUGGGCAUCCAAAAAUGAAAUACGUCGUCGUCACGGCUAAGGUCUCCAUUGCUAAAACACAUGGUGUGUUAUGAAUAUGAUGACUGCAAAAUUAUGCAUAUUAAAGCAACAUUAAUAAUUCAUACAAAUUUAACUAGUUAUCAUUCUUGUGCGUUUUCCAUGGCUUGUAAGUCUAAAUAAAUAAAAUUAUAUCUUA